AUGAAGAUGCUUACGAAGUUUGAAUCGAAAUCUACCAGGGCCAAGGGGAUUGCUUUCCACCCCUCCAGACCAUGGGUCCUGGUGGCUCUAUUUUCCUCGACCAUUCAGUUAUGGGACUACAGAAUGGGCACGCUACUUCACAGAUAUGAGGAUCAUGAAGGUCCAGUGAGAGGAAUUGACUUUCAUCCAACGCAGCCUAUAUUUGCCUCUGCUGGUGAUGACUACACGAUUAAAGUUUGGUCCCUGGAAACCAACAAAUGUCUCUACACGUUAAAUGGCCACUUGGAUUACGUCAGAACCGUUUUUUUUCACAGAGAGUUACCAUGGAUCAUUACUGCGUCUGAUGAUCAAACGAUAAGGAUUUGGAAUUGGCAGAACCGCAAGGAAUUGGCGUGCCUAACAGGCCACAAUCACUUUGUCAUGUGCGCCCAAUUUCAUCCCACAGAGGACUUGGUGGUGUCUGCAUCUCUUGAUGAGACCAUCAGAGUUUGGGAUAUCAGCGGUUUGAGAAAGAGGCAUUCUGCCCCUGGUGCUUCAAGUUUCGAGGAUCAAAUCGCGUCUCAGCAGAAUCUUUUGGACGCCGGUUUUGGAGAUUGUGUUGUGAAAUUCAUAUUGGAAGGUCAUACUAGAGGUGUUAACUGGGCUUCGUUCCAUCCUACUCUACCGCUAAUCGUCUCCGGUGGUGAUGAUCGUCAAGUAAAACUUUGGAGAAUGAGUUCCACCAAGGCUUGGGAGGUUGAUACUUGCAGAGGUCAUACAAACAACGUCGACAGUGUAAUUUUUCAUCCUCACCAAAACUUGAUCAUUUCUGUUGGCGAGGAUAAGACAUUGAGAGUCUGGGACCUAGACAAGAGAACCCCGGUAAAGCAAUUUAAGAGAGAGAAUGACAGAUUCUGGCUAAUUGCGGCACAUCCUCACAUCAACCUCUUCGGUGCAGCUCAUGACUCAGGUAUCAUGGUUUUCAAGUUAGAUCGUGAGAGACCUUGUAGUGUCACACAUCAGAACGAAUUGAUUUUCAUCAACAGAGAGAAGCAGGUUCAGAUCUUCGAUUACAACAAAAAGGUGUCUUCUUUGCCCUACGUUUCAUUGAAGAAUCUUGGUCAAGCUUGGAACUCCUUUAAAAGUAUCUCGUUCAAUCCUUCACAACAUUCGAUACUGGUCAAUGAGGGUAAUGACAGAUUUGGUCUAGUUCUUUUACCAAAAAAGCCUACCGGCGCCGUUGAACCAAGUGGAGUCAUUGAAGAUGCCGGCAGCUUCGCCUUGUUCGUUGCUCGUAACAGAUUUGUCGUCUACAACAAGCCUAGUGAAUCGCUAGAGGUUCGGACACUGGAUAACAAGAUUACUAAAACCAUAAAAGUCGAUGGCGCAGUAACCGAUAUCGUUAAUAGCGGAGCAGGUUGCGUACUACUUUUGCAACCAAAAAGGGUUGUUUUGUUUGAUGUUCAACAAGGUAAAAAACUCGCCGAAUUGGCAGUAAAGAACGUCAAAUAUGUUGCUUGGUCUCAUGAUGGUCAAUAUGCUGCGUUGAUGAGCAAGCACACUAUUACGACUGUCACGAAGAGACUUGAGUUGAUAAAUUCUAUGCACGAUACCAUUAGAAUCAAGAGCGCCUGCUGGGAUGAAACUGGUGUUUUAAUUUACUCCACCUUGAAUCACAUCAGAUAUAGCCUAUUGAAUGGAGAAAGAGGUAUCAUCAAGACUCUGGAGAAUACCCUCUACAUCAACAAAGCUCAGGGAAAGCUUAUCUAUGCCCUGGAUCGUGAUGGUGAGAUGAAGAUCUUGACCAUUGACCCAACGGAAUACCGCUUUAAAAAGGCACUUGCAAAUAAGAACUUCCCAGAGGUUCUGCGUAUCAUCAAGAACUCUAAUUUAGUCGGUCAGAACAUUAUCUCAUACUUACAGAAGUCUGGCUAUCCUGAAAUAGCUCUGCAAUUUGUGCAGGAUCCACAAACACGUUUCGACUUAGCCUUAGAGUAUGGUAAUCUUGAUGUCGCAUUAGAGGAAGCUAAAAAGUUGAACAAUAAUGUGGUGUGGAGCAAGCUAAGCAAAGAAGCCUUACUUCAAGGUGAUACUUCGCUGGUGGAGAUGAUCUGCCAAAUUCAAAAGUCAUUUGACAAACUGUCAUUCUUAUAUCUUAUUACUGGUGAUCACGUCAAAUUAUCCAAAAUGCAGGAGAUUGCACAAUAUCGGGGGGAUUACGCAAGCUUCAUUGCUAAUAGCUUUUACAGCGAUUCUGCACUUUUGAGGGCCAAAGUGUUCUCCCAAAUAGGUUCCUUGCCGUUGGCCUAUGCUGUCGCCAAAACGAAUGGUGAUGAUACUGCCGCAGCAGGCUUUCUGGACCAAGCGGGAAUAAGCGAGUCCGACGUUGUACUACCUGAUAAUAUAAGCUCUACAGGCUUUACCAAAGCGCCUACUAUAGAAGAACCGUUCAAGAAAUGGCCUUUGAAGAAACCCGACCGUUCAUAUUUUGAGAAAGCUCUGGCAAACGAAAUAGAAGAGCCAGCGACUGAAGCACCUGACGAGAUAAACUCUGCUGAAGAAUCCAAGAUAUCUGUAGAUGAAGAUCUACUCGAGAACGAAGGUGCCGAUGCUGAAGGCGAUGCCUGGGAUAUGGGUGAAGAAGAGCUUGAAUUGGGCACUGAGCAGCCGGGCGAAGAAGAAUCGCCAAAUGAUGACAAAACUCAAACUGAAGAAAGCAUUACCGCUACCUGGGUUAGUAACUCUAAACUACCUGCAGUCUUAAUCGCUGCUGGCGCGUUCGAUGCCGCUGCUCAGGCCCUUAACAGACAGGCGGGGAUUAUUAAUUUUGAGCCACUAAGAAAGAACUUCAUUAAUAUUUUUGAAGGCUGCAGAACAUACAUGGCUUCGACCCCAACUGAGCUGCCUGCUAUCCCUGGUUACAUUUGUGCUGAUGCGGAUGAAGAAGAUGUCAACGCUAUUUUACCACGCACGCCUAACAUUGCCGUUGUCUUGAACUUCAUGGAUGAAGGCUACAAAUACUUCAAAGGAAACAAGCUUGAGUCAGCCGUCCAAUCAUUCCGUAACGCCAUUUACGCAAUCACCCUCCUAGCGGUUCGCAGCGACGAAGAAGAGGAGACCGCUCGCAAAUCUUUGGAAAAGGCAAGGGAGUAUAUUCUUGGGCUUUCGAUCGAGCUGGAACGUCGUUCGCUCCCGGCUGAGGACGUGAAGCGCAACCUCGAGCUAGCAGCAUAUUUCACUAAGGCAAAAUUGUCGCCUCCUCACAGAAGCAACGCUCUACAAGUGGCAAUGUCUCAAAGUUUCAAGCACAAGAACUACCUGCAGGCAUCAUUCUUUGCGGGCGAACUACUCAAGAUAAUGCCAUCUGGGCCUCGUGCUGACCAGGCCCGCAAAGUCAAAGACAAGGCCGAUUCACUGGCUUACGAUGCAGUUGCGAUCGAUUUUGAUCCCUACGCUAACUUCGAGGUUUGCGCCUCCACGCAUACUCCGAUCUACAAGGGAUCACCAAUGGUCGUGGAUCCCUUGACAGGAGCAAAAUAUCAUGCUUCUGAAAAGGGCAAAACCGAUAGUAUUGCUCUGAUUUCCAAGGUUGGCGCUCCAGCUUCUGGUCUAAGGAUACAGUAG